UCUCUGUCUCAGCACUGAGCGGAGAAUCAGGUAUAAACAUAGAGGAGAUAAGAGACAAAAAAAAAAAAAAAGAAAAAGAAAACAGUGAAGCGCGCGGGGAAGGUGGUAUGAGUACUGGAAGUACGAGCAGCAGCGGAGGGGCCGGAGGAAGCGGCGGGGGUUCCGGAGUUGGUGGCGGAGGCGGGCCGUGCGGUGCGUGCAAGUUUCUGCGAAGAAAGUGCGUGAGCGGGUGUAUUUUCGCUCCCUACUUUGACUCCGAUCAAGGCGCGGCGCAGUUCGCCGCCGUGCACAAAGUGUUCGGUGCGAGCAACGUCUCGAAGCUACUGCUUCACAUCCCCGCGCACAAGCGCCUCGAUGCGGUGGUCACCAUCUGUUUCGAGGCCCAGUCGCGCUUACGUGACCCCGUCUACGGCUGCGUUGCGCACAUCUUCGCCCUUCAACAGCAGGUUGUGAGCCUCCAGGCAGAGUUGUCCUACUUGCAGGCCCACCUUGCAACACUAGAGCUGCCCACACCGCCUCCUCUACCGCCACCGACUCUCCCACAAUCACAAGCCUUUUCAAUGCCGGAGCUCCUCUCCUCAUCGAACCUUCCUUCUCAUUCCAGCCUUGACCUGUCGUGGCUCUUCGACCCCCAAUUGCAAAUGCAGCAUCCACAACAGCAGAACCGGCCAGUGGAGCUCCGGCAGCCGCAGCAGCUCGCACGUGUUGCUGGGAGACAAGUGGCAGAGAGCUCAGGCAGCAGUCAAGGAGGAGGAGGAGACCUGCAGGCUUUAGCCAGAGAACUAAUCGAACGACACCGUUCAUCGUCUUCCUCCGACUCGCCAUUGUUGCCCAAGCAACCUUAG